CCUGUUUUUUACUUCGGCUUGCUAACAAAGUUCUACGGUUAGCCGUUAUUUUGCAGAUACCAGAGACCAGAGAACAAUAUAGCCGGGUAGUCCUGCAUCGACGCGUCUUCUUGAGCAGCACGAACUUUGCAGGUAUAUCCAGACAUUACCUGGCUGCAGCUGGUCCUGUGGCUUGAGGAGACGGUACAUGUUUUGUCAUGGAGACGCUGUGCGCUGGGAGACUCGGAGCGCUACUGACGCUAGUCUGGGUGUGGAGUUCACCAGGUGAUUCCCAGCGGGUGGAGAUGCCUCGGCGGGAGCUGGAGGUGACGCGGGGGCAGAUGGUGCUGCUGCAGGCCUGGUACAGCCCCACGUCCAGCAUCGACCGCAACGCCGUCAUCUGGAACUUCAUGGCCAACGACUCCAAGCAGAUAAUCACGUACACGUCGGGGGAGAUUGGCAUCAGCCACGAGUUCCGUAAGCGCGUGGGCUUCGCCAUGCCCAUGCCCUCCACCAACCUGUCCAUCUACAUCAACAACACGCAGGAGUCGGACACCGGCCGCUACCUCUGCAACGUCAUCAUCCCAGGGGCACCCGGCCUCUCAGGGGAGCUCCGGCUCAACGUCAAGGUGCCCCCAUCUCCUCCGGUGUGCUCCAUGGCCGGUCGGCCGUUGCUGAAGGGGAACGUGACGCUGAGCUGCAAGUCGAGCUCGGGGAAGCCGACGCCCCAGUACAAGUGGACGAGAGUGGCCCCGGUGUCCGAGGUCUACUUCUCCCCCAUGCAGAAUGAGCGGCAGGGCACCCUGCGGUUGAAUAACCUCACCAAGAGCAUGUCUGGGAAAUACGUGUGCCGCGCCAGCAACACUGCUGGAGCAGAGAGCUGCUUCAUCAACCUGGAAGUGUCUGCCCCCACCAGUGCCGGUGUGAUUGCGGGUGCAGCUGUGGGCUCAGUGGUCGGGCUGGUAGCCAUUGUCCUCUUCCUCGUCUUCAUCCUUCGAAGGAGGCGGGACACCGAGGAGGAGAUAGCCAAUGAGAUCAAAGAGGAUGCUCAGGCUCCUAAGCGGGUGUCCUGGGCCAAGAGUGGCACGGGCUCGGACAUCAUCUCCAAAAACGGCACGCUGUCGUCCAUCGCCACGAGUCCUCCGCCGCACGAGUCCAUGGACCAGCUGCACCACCACAACCACCACCUCCAGCAGCCCCCCGGCAACCACUACAGCUACGCGCCGCCCCGGGAGAUGAUCUCUGACCCCGCCGUGCUGGCCGGCUACCGCCUGCGCCCAGGCCAGCCCAACCCGCUGCACGGCCUGCCCGGGUACAACGUCAGCGGCUCGCCCCUGCCCUCCCACGGCUCUCCGCCCCUGGGGCACGCCCACCCCUCGCGGGGCACGCACACGCACGCACACACUCUCUCACACACACCCCGCCCCGUCAGUGCUAGCAGCUCGCGCCACAUCACUGCCAAUGGCCCGGCCAAUCAAAUGCGGCGCACUAGCGUGGCUGACCUUCCCCUAACCGGUCAUCCAAUCAUAGCUAACGGUCCCGUCCACACAUCCAGCCCUCGACCAAUCACUGCUAACGGUCCCGUCCAUGCUUCCAGCCCUCGACCAAUCACAGCUAACGGUCCCGUCCACACAUCCAGCCCUCGACCAAUCACAGCAAACGGUCCUGUCUACACAACCAGCCCCCGACAAAUCACUGCUAACGGUCCCGUCCACACCCCCAGCCCCCGACCAAUCAGUGUGAACAGUCAAAUCUAUACAACCAGCCCCCAACCAAUCACUGCUAAUGGUCCCGUCCACGCAUCUAGCCCCCGACCAAUCACUGCUAAUGGCCCGGUCCAUGCAUCCAGCUCUCGUCCAGUCAGUGCAUCCAGCUCUCGUCCAGUCAGUGCUAACGGCCCGGUCCAUGCAUCCAGCCCUCGUCCAAAGAGUGUGUCCAGCCCCACCCCAGACCCCCUUCACAGAACUGAUGGGGCCGAGCCGCAGGCCGCUCCUCAGACGACGACACAUCCGCAAUCGCAAACCCUCCCGCCGGGCAUCACCAUAGCAACGCUGUCUCGAGUCGGGGCGGUCCCUGUUAUGGUUCCCUCCCAGAGCCAGGCGGGUUCUCUGGUGUAGCAGGAGUCCACUGGACAGGACCGGGGCUGUCAGGACAUUGGAACCAGGGGACAGUGGAACCCGGGCCUGGACUGAACUGGGCCGGAUCUAAGUGCGGUGGGACGUGCUGUGCUGACCUUGACCCCUCAGCCAGCGACUGCCUGGAGGAGAGGAGAGGAAGAGAGGAAGAGAGGAGAGGAGGGAAAGAGUAAUAUGAUGAAGAAGAGAUGAGCUGAAUGGACCCUGGUGUUUGACCACACGCCUCACUGGACAAUGCUGAGGUCAAGGGAGAAUUGUAAAGACCUUCUGUGCUUUGAGUUACUCUUUUUUUUUUUUUAUCUCAAAUGAAUUAAACAUGAUAGCUACUGUGUCUGUACACUGUAUCUCUCCGACCUCUGUUGCAGCAUCUUUCUACAGAGUGGACAGUACUGUUUGAUUUCUCUUCUGUUUGUUUUUGCGCGGCAGUGUUGUGUGUUGUGUGUGGAUCGAUUUGGUUCGGCGUUGAAGAGUGUUACCGUGAGAAGAGUGUGUUACGUUGAUCAGUGCACUAUGAAGAAUGUUACUGCUGUAAGUGCUGUUUGGUUCCAUUAAAAUCUCAUGGACUGA